AUGAAUGACAGAAUAAAACAAUUAACCAGAAAUUAUCUCGAUAGUUUAUACGCAUAUUUAAGCGAAAACGAUAAGGAGGGGAUAAUUCGCCUUAAUGCUUCUGAACCCCUUCAAAAACUUUUUCAAGAACAACUUAAAAUUCAUCGUCCUGAAGAUGACCCUAAUAGUAUUAGUAUAGAUGAUGUUAAAGUUAAACUUCUUAAUGUUCUUAGAGGCGAAAGAUUAUCAACUGUUACAAUGGAUAUUGAUAAUACUGAUUUAACAGUGGGAACGACGCAAAUAAAAUCAAGUUUAAGUCCAAACGAUUUAUUAAAUGACCCUGUUAUACGAAACAGCACGGCCCCCGCAGCCAGCAAUGACGACGCAGAAGAACAAAAUCAAGCCCAAACCCAAAACUCACCGCCUAAUAAUACUAAUCAGACAUCCAACACCCCCCCCUCAUCAAACAAUUCUCCUCCACCGCUUCGCCAGCAGCCAACCACAACCAGAGAUUUAACUUUUCUGAUUGACCAUGUAAUUCCGGGCUAUAAUGGUAAUCCUCAUUAUAUCAUUUUGUCGGCUCCGUCAGUGGUGGAAGGUUUCAAUAUUCAUUUUCUUACUAUUCAGUCCAAUGACUCACUUCUGCAAGACGGUAAUCAGGUAAUUAUUCGGGAUGUCGAAUUAGGUCCAGGCCGAGCCGAAGUGGAUGCCCAUAUUGAAGAAAUUAGUAUUAAAAAUUAUUUUCGCACUAUUGAAUUAGUAUCGACUACUCCUCCCCCAGGUGGCGGCAACAGAACGCCCAAUAAUCCCCCACCUCCCCCAUCCUUUCCUGAUGUCGUGAAAAAAAAUCAAGAUCUGAUAGAUGAAGAAAAUAGUUUUUUUAAAUUACGCGACGAACUGAAAGAUAUAAUUAACCAAAAUAAAUCCGUGGUUCAAGAGGCUCAAACUCUCGGACUAACUUUGCCGUCAUUUUCGGACAACGCUUUGGAUUUUUUUCAAACCGCCCCUUUUGUCCUCUUUGACGCAGACCAACCGCUCAACAGCCCGUUUAAUCAACAAACUAGCGACAAAAAUGACAAAACUAGACAAAAAGUAUUAAAUCUUAAAAAUAAUAUUUAUCAAAUCUAUAACAACAAUGUUAAAAAAUUAAAUGAAAAGAAACAGGGAGAGCAAGGAGGCUCCCCGCCACCCGAAAAUGAAUUAACCAAACUAAAAAAGCAAGCAAUUGAAAAAAUAAAUACAAUUCUCACUGAUCCGGAUAAUUUAAGAAAUAUCGAUUUAAAUACUCUGGCUGAUGAUAACAACAUUCCUGCCAAUCUUCGAAAUGGCGUUACUAAAUUAUUAAUUUUACCCUCUUCGGAAAGAGACAGGCAAGAAGCAGACGACCGAUUAAUAAGUAGUGCUCCUCGUGAUACUACUUUUGACUAUUAUCUGAAUGAAGCAGCCCACGAAGUUUUAACCGGCACUUUGGAUUUAUCGGAUUUCACUAAUCUGAAAAGUAUAAGAAUUGGAAAACAGUAUAUAAAUGAACUAAUUCUUACUGGUUGUCAACAUUUAGAGACAAUUGAGGCUAAUAAUAACUUAUUGCGAGAAAUUGUUCUUCCCUGGUCAACCAACUGCUUAGAAAGAGUUUAUUUAACCAACAAUAAUUUUCGGGCUCAGGAUUUAUCCUGCUUUUCUAAUUAUACUAAUCUAAAAACCCUUUUUUUAGGAACUGAUGACGAAACUAGAAUCGGGCAAGGGAUUUAUAAUCGAGUAGGAGCGGGAGUAGACUCCACUAAUGAAGAUUUAGAUGACAAUUCAUUUAAAGUUAGGGACGUGCGAAGUUAUCAAAUUAACCAAGCCAGAUUAGCAUUACAAAAUUUAAUUCAACGUUUGGCCUGGCACGGACCCCAAAAUGCAACUGCCGUCAAGAAAAUUAAAGAGGAAGUUGCCAAUUUUGAAAAAGAAUUAGAAAAAUUAGAAACCGAAUUAAGCAAAUUAACCAACCAACUUCCCAAUCUGCCGGCUCUGGAUACUCCCACUAACGAAGAAGGCAACCGAGUAAUCGCUAGCACCGAAUAUCAACACGCCAUUCAACACAAUUUAACCCACGAAGCAAUUCUAAAAAAAUUGAAAUUAAUUGACGAGGAAAAAAGUAUUCUCCUAUCUGGUAGUAAGUUCGCAGUUUAUCAAGAUUUCGGCAGCCAAUUAUUACAUGCUCUUAUUAAUUUUAUGCGAGCCGAAAAUAGUAAACGGGGCUAUCGCUUAUUUGACACUCCUUAUUUAGUCAAGGCUCAUAACCUUUAUAAUACCGGUCAAUUUCACAAGUUCCAAGAUAAUCUUUAUAAAUUGGAGGAAAGUGAUUUUUACCUCCUCCCCACCGCCGAAGUCAGUUUAGUUAAUCUCUACCAAAAUCAGAUAUUAACCGAAGCAGAAUUGCCUUUGAAGUUAUGUGCUUAUAGUCCCUGCUUUCGGGCUGAAAGAAUGGCUUCCGGUCAGGAAAAUAAAGGCUUAAUUCGUCUACACCAAUUUCAUAAAGUCGAAUUAGUGAAAAUAAUUGAACCCGACCAUUCUUACACCGAAUUGAAAAAAAUGUUAGCCGAUGCUCGCAAUAUUCUCCAUCUGUUAAAAAUUCCCCACCGAGUAAUUGAACUUUGCUGCUCCGAAUUAGGUUUUACAGCAGCCAAAACAUACGACAUUGAAGUCUGGCUGCCAAUCAGCCAAAAAUGGUUAGAAAUCUCCUCAUGUAGCAAUUGUGAGGAUUUUCAAAGUCGUCGAGCCAAAAUCCGAGUCAAAAAAGAAAACCAAAAAUAUUAUCCUCAUACCCUUAAUGGUUCGGCCCUGGCAGUUGAUCGUUUAAUUAUUGCUCUGUGCGAGUAUUACUAUAAUGAGGAAGAAAAUAAAUUAACUAUUCCUGAAAUUUUGCAGCACAAGGCUUAUCAUUUUUUUAAAAAUCUUUACGAUUACGAACAAAAACCUGCUCUGCUAAUUGGUCGUCAUAAAUUAGACGCUACCACCGUCGGCCAUGCCGCCCAGCCCGUUCUCAUCAAAAAAAAUUAUCGUUUAGGCACCCGUUCUUUAAACCCUCUCAAUUUAUUAAAAUUAGCCUCCAGGUACCACAAAAAAGAACUCUAUACUUUUAAAAAACCUCCGCAGCAAUUCUCUCAUGACUUCCAAGAAUUCUUAAUUACCCGUUUACUCCUGCUGUGCAACAAAGCGGAAUUUUUACAUACUCCUCUAGAACAAGAACAUGUGCCAAAAGAAAACCAACAGUGUAGCGGCACCAUUUACACCCACUUCCAAACUAAACCCGUUCUCCACUUCACUUUUUUACCGGAGCAAGCCCCUAUCGUGCGGCAAUUUAUCGAUAAUUUGGAUACUUACGCCCAAGAAUACGACAUGGAGGAAGCCCAAAAUUUUUACACUUACCCCAUCAUCCACGACACCAAACAUGAAAUUAUUACCAAACUAGGUGGUACCUGCCCUUGCGACCCCCAACAAGCCCGCAAUCAAUACUUAAAUAAUUGA